AUGGGUCAAUCACACACGAAGCCGAUCGAAAGAAAGAGCUCGUCCGCAUCAAUAUCAUCCAGACAUGCAUUCAGGCCAAGGAAAUAUCUAACAAGAGUAGAACUCGUCUCGUUACAGUAUGUUUUCAACAAUCUAAAAUCGACCUUCAAAGACAACUUUGAGUGCAUUGAGCCAAAGCAGUUUUUGAAACACCUGCAACUACCUUCUCAAGUUGAACCUGCUGGUGUUUUACUGUUCAAGGCAUUUUCAUAUUUAGGCUCCUAUCCCUCAUGCGCAACAGCUGGCCCUGUUCCUCUAUCGUUUGAAGCAUUUAUUACUGCAUUUGUAGUCAUCAUAGGAUAUCUCGACACAGAGACAGACAACGUAUCUGAAAACCUCUUUUUUCAAUCAUUAUCGGUAUUGCCAGCGCCAGAGGAUGCUGCUAAAGCACAAGUAGAGGAUGACGACGAGCCAGUCAUGGUAGCAAAGCCGGAUGAAGACCAUGAAGAAACACUGCUAUCGAGAGGCCUUUCAUUGGCAGAGCUAGGCGUGGAUUUCAGUGAUAUGGAUCUGGAUAAAGGAGAUGAUACAGCAGCAACAGAAGAUGGAGAAGGAGGAUCCAAGAUCUUGUGUCGAGAUUUAAUUGAAUUGUUUGUCCUGCUGAUUUGGCUUGGAGAGGCAGACAAGGACUGUCAGCAUGAUUUCGACAGUAUGCACAACAUGGCAGCCAAGAUUGUGAACAAUAUCAAGCCCCUGGAUACUAGCAGUGAUGAUCUACCGUGUAUUUCGCACGUCUCAUUUUGCCAGUGGAAGAACACCUUUUCACCACACUUAUUUAAGCCAUUACAAUCACUUGUUAUUAAAACCUUCACCUACCACCUAAAAGAAAACCAAUCUCGCUUACUGCCACAAGAUCAAGUACCCACACCCAGUGAAUCAGAGAUACUGUCUCCACUUUAUACCACCUUGUUAUCAUGGUCUUUACCCGAGGAGAUCCUCAUCACCAAGCAGUGGAGUCGACUUUACUCGGCAGAUCAGAAUGGCUUCAGUAUGAAUCGCUUUGAGAGCCAUGUCUUCAAGUACCCAGGCCCCACCUUGUUUGUGAUGAGAGUCGACGCGAUAUCCACGCCUUACAUCAUUGGAGGCAAAAAGAACACUAUGGAACAACAUCAGUCAAUGAUUGUGGGAGCUUACAUUACACAACCUUGGAAGCACUCGAAACACUUUUGGGGGACAAAUCAGUGCUUUUUGUUUGAACUGGACCCCUCAUUCGACAUCUUUCGACCCAUUAUCAACCGAGGCGGUGUCGAUAACAACGACCAUUACAUUUACUACCAUCAUGAUUUUGGCAUUGGAUUUGGCGCCACUACUGGCAGCAAUCAAAAGCAUGAGUUUAUUCUUUCAUUGAAAAACACAUUACAAGAAGGCAUCUAUCAGAAUGAAGCAUACCCGUCUCAGCCUAGUUUCCAGAGCGCCAUCAAAUCGAGAAGACAUCAGGAUUUUUAUUAUCAAUUUGAUACUGAGGAUAUUGAAGUGUUUGGUUUGGGCAAUGAAAAGGACAGAGAAAGACAAGCAAAAGAGUGGCAAUUCGAGAAGCAAGAAGCUGCCAGAAGAGCAGGUGUCAACAUAAGACAAUCGGAUGGACAACUGGAUAAAGAAUUAUUAAAAAUGGCUGGUAUUAUUGAUGAAGACAGGAGACAAGAUCGUUGA